AUGUCCGAUUCCUCGGACGACACCGGCAGCUCCAGCGCCCCCGCCAAGCCCAAUCCCGCCGCCAAGCUGGCCCUGCUCCGGUCCCGGCGCCUGGAGGCACGCAAGGCCAACUCCCAGGCCACCCGCGAGGAGGUUGCCCGGCGGGCGAUCGACCCGCGCGCGGCCGCCCGCGCCGCCCGCGACAUCCAAGCCGCCCAGGAGUCCCUCUCCAAACAACGCGAGGAGUCCUCCCGGCCCCGGGUCGUGGACCCCAGCACCGCCACCAUCUCCCACAUCAACGAUCGCAAUGCCCUGUACAACGCGGCCCUCGAGCGCGCCUACGGCAAGCACACCAAGACCACCAAGGAGAACCUCGAGCGCGGGACCGCCAUCUGA